UGUAUUCUCCUUGACUUUGAACGCUGCAUCGCUGAUCGCUACAUCGGAGAAUUUGCAUCAUUCUAAGCGCAUAGUGUUGAUUUUAAAAAGUUGAUUAAUAUCUCAUCCUCCCACAUAAACAGUUUUAUGUUCAAAGAACGCGUAGAAUUCCGCGAUUCGUGUUUCCCUUUUAUUCUGUAUUCAGUGCAAUAAGUGUUUACUUUUAUAUCCUUCCCAAAGGACAUUACCCCCAGAGAGUCAAAAACCGAGACAAAAAUCGAUUUUUUUAUUUGCGUUUUUGGAAGACGGAAAAAUCUGCUUGCCGUAAUGUAGAGAAACAUGUUUUUCGCCGAUUCUGCAGCGGUUUCGAUAGUGAGCUAAAGUUAGAUUGUGCGUAGGAGAUUACUGCGAAGUGGUUGCAGCCGUGCAUGAAAUGGAUACAAAAAACCCAAUCCUACACAUUUUGGUGGUGGGUUUCCACCACAAGAAAGGAUGUCAGGUGGAAUUCUCCUAUCCUCCCUUGAUAGCCGGGUCAGAAGGGAAACAGGAAUGUCCCUCUGGAUGGAAGUAUCUUCCAACGUUGGCCCUCCCGGAUGGAUCUCAUAACUUCAACAAAGACUUCGUGUGCUUCAAUCUGCCCAGCCUGACGGACCCGCAUGAGUCUAUCUAUGGCAUCAGCUGCUACCGUCAGAUACCGGUCGAGAAGCUCAAAAUCCGUACGGCCGAGAUGACCCGCAGCACGGUGCAGAAGGCAGUUUGUGCGUUACUGUCGACCCCAAUCUACGGCUAUGUGGAAGUUAAGCUGUCGUUGAUAGCCCAUGCGUUCUUCGAGCAAGGCGAUUUUUCCUGUACGGAUAUUCUGGUGAAGGCUUUCGAGCAGCAGAAUGCUUGCCUCUACUCGAUGGACCCGCUGGAGCUGGCUCCGGCUAGGUUGCACUUCGUUGGAUUGCCACUGAGGGAACUCGUACUGAAAUGGCGACAUAAACUACUAAUGCUGUACAAGAUGCUAAUGUUGCAGAAACGUGUUAUCUGUUUUGGAUCACCAGUACAACCGACGUGUGCAUUAAUUUUGGGGGUCGUGUCUCUGCAUCCGGAGCUGUUGUCUAAAGGAUUCCAAGAAGUGGCAUGUGUUAAAACAUCUCGACCGAUGUCACCGAUGCCAAAUUUUGGAACGCCCCUAGAUGAAACCAAGAAAUUUUCCUCCGAACCGAGCUCACCCGUCAAAGAGUGCUCAACCGGGGACCCGGAUCCCCAGGGUGAAUCAUCCGGGUCGGCGUCAUCAACGGCUCAAGUGACCGUCCAACAGAUGCCACACUCACAGGACACGGAUUCCGGCAGCACAAGCACCACCCGGGAAAUCACGCCCUGCUCGGAUGAUGCUCAACUCGGCUCGCUGCAAGAGGACACGACUGCUGGCCGGAAUGGAUCCGCCCGCCCAGGGUUGGCCCGCGAAACCAGUGUCGAUACCAUCGCAUCGAACUUCUCCAGCCUUUGCGCGGUCAAGCCGGAAGAAUGGAUGGCACCGUUAAAGAUCUUUCACGAGGGAAACCUCUGUCUACCGUAUCUGUCGCUGCCAUACAUGGACCUCCUGACGGAUCCGUCGGUCAAGGGCUACAUUAUCGGGGCAUCGAAUGUCCUGUUCCAGCAGAAGCGACAACUGGCGGACGUUAUGAUCGAUGUGGAAAAUGCCGUGAUCGACGUGUAUGAUCUGGAGCUGAAAAGGCAAACGCAGCUGAGCACCGAGGACCUGCGGUUUGCGGAUUUCAUCAUACGAAACGUACAGAACCCCAAAGAAGAUGCCGAAGGGAGCGAAGUUUGGAUUCGGGAACAGUUCUACGGCUACAUGGUGGCACUGCUCAAGUCGUCGCUGUGUUCAGAAGGCAGCAAAGAGUUGGAACACUUCAACGUAAAUUUCAUGAGCGCUCUCAAAGGAACCCAAUGCUACCAAGACUGGCUGGAACGGAGCGGUGGCGAAACAAACCCUGCUUUCGAAGCUUUAGCUGUCGGACAUCCUUUCGCAGGAACACUCUCAGUCGCUGAUAUGAAGCUACGCAUCGCACAAACCAUGCAAAACAGCGAAAGUGGCCGCAAGCUGAACCAAGCUGUUAACACUACUAGUCGAGCGGUAGGUGGAGCCAUUAGUACCGCCAAAGGAGCAUUCUCCACAUGGUGGACGUCGAUUACAGCAGCAGUUCCGGCGACAGCCCCAGCAGCCGAACCUAGCGCACAAUCCGACAAUGCUCAAAGCAACAGUAAUAACAACAACAACGGCGAUCAAUACUCGGAAUCGAGUGACUAUGACGAGGAUGAUCCGGAUCCGGAGAACAGUAGCUACAGCGAUAGCGACCAAAGUCAGAGCGAUGGGCCACCGGCAUCCAGUAGGCCAAUAGCAACGGCCGAACUGACCGCAGAAAGAACCAACAACAUCAUCGAAAUCGGUAAAGAGGCUGAACUUUUGGAUCGAAAGCAGAAAAUUCUCGACGUUUAGGUAAAAGAUGAAAUCACCCACCGCUGAUUUAUUGGAGAAGAGUGCAAGCUAAGCUAGGACGUUCGAAAUCAUUCCAAAUUGACGAAUUUAACGGUGGGAGGCAGAUUGUUUAAAGAAUCAUGUUGUAAGUUGCAUUGUGUUUCCGUUCCUCUAUAUUGUACUUACAGCCUACCCCACAGCUGCGCUGAAUCACUCAAAUUGUAAUAGCCAGUAGUAAUGGAUAUUCAUCUCGCUUCAAUGAGAAGUCAAAGGUACAUAAAUAAUAUAGUGCUAGACUCAUUUAGGCUUCGUUAUAAGUAAAACCAUAGUUUGUUUAGAGUCAUAUUUUAGGUUCUCGCGUCAUCGAGAACAAUACAAUAUACAAAUGUGUGAUAAGACAUUAUAUUCAAACUUCGAUAGGUUAUCGUCACGAAAUAGCUGUCUAACAACAUUAAACGCAUGUGUUACAAAUAAAAACCAAUUAAACCACAUGAA